AAUGGCAGCUGUUGGAGUUGCGCGCCCGAACCAUGGUUCUGCAGCUGCGGAACGUGGGGAAAACCGAAAAUUUGCAACGCCAAGACCGACCAGAAUCAACAACAACAACGACUAGCAUGGACCAGCUGAUUAACGGCGCGAAUGCCGUGAUUCGACAUAUGGAGAACACUAGCCAGGACGAGCCAAUCGUCACCCGGUUCGCCAUCACGGUCCGCCAGUUCGCUGAGCAAGCGAAGACAGGCGGCGCUCAGGGGGAGAUGGCAAAACAUCGAAAAGUCCGCCAGCUCGUCAACCGUAACUUCCGCUUCAACCCUAUCCUCGACAGACCGCUGGAAAGCUUCCGGGCGGGCGCCUGGCAGCACCAGACGGCCUCCGCUAAUCCCCCUAUCAACCGAAGCGACGGCACGGCGUCGCCAGGCGUGAGCGAGGUCGAGCUCCGCGAAGAUCGAUCCAUAACGGUCAAGGUGGACCCAGCGCAGAGGGACAAGAUCAGGCAGAUGGAAGCCAAGGCAAUUGUGAAGGAAGCGGAGCGUCUACGCGAUGCAGUAGGCGCGCUCGAAGACCUCCGCCGCGCUGGCUGGAAACGCGGAAUUCUGCGCUGCUCGUGUGCUGCCGUCUGGAGACGUAUCGCUAUUGGCGAACUCUGCUCCCCGAUCCAGAGUCCAUCGUGGGGCGUGGUCGUGUAUGGUCUUGCCAAUCCGGAGCUUCUAGCUCACGCCUGA